AUGGACGCCAAUACCGGGCCAUUAGUUGGCGACGUCCAUAGCAAUGGAGGGGAUAUUGAUUCGUUGCUAUCGAACGACAAAGAUGGUCGAAAAGAGCCAGUACGGCGUCUUCAUGAGCCGUAUGACCGUCAUCGUGCCCACGACUUGCGUGCAGAGUGCUAUCGUCGUGGUAUUCGACCCAUAAAAAAGGGUCCAAAUGCAAAUGAUAAUAAAAGUGGGUACAUUGAUUUAUUACGCCAAAAUGAUGGACCCAUUUUGAAAGCACCAAGUACCCAAAUAAAUAAACGAGAAGAUGAAGAGACGGAAGAUGAAGAAGAUGCGAGUAAUGGUGGAGAUCAUGUACAUGAAGUCGAGAUCAUUACCAAUAUGACUAACAAGAGGAAAAUAUCGACGAUGACCAUGCAGACUCAGACCGAGACAAACAAUUUGAAAGUCACGUCAGCAGCUGUAGCAGAUUUGCAGGGUUUCUAUGAAGGAGGUCCAUCGAUACUGCCGAUGCAAUAUUCGCCCAAUUUACCAAAACCUUCGGCUAAUCCGACGACGGAUUUAGAAAUUCUCAGUGGAAUUGCUAAUUCGUAUACUCAGAAUGGAACUGCCGAUGGACAAUUAUGUAACAACUGUCGUACGGUCGUCACGGAUCAGUUAAUGGAGUCGAUUCGACUGGGAAAGACCAAAAUGCAACUGGAGGAAUGGCACAAAUUGAUGGAUCAACGGGAUCGAGAUACUUUGUAUUUGAAACAAGUGUUGGAAAUUUUGCAGAAUUUACGAAAAUCUUUUCGAGAAGCACAGGUGCAUGGAAUGAACCAUGAUUUAUUGGUCGAGUUGCAGGAUGAUAUGGCUUUUUUCCAGAAUCUGAAGGAACAAACCAAAGAGAGAAUGAGACAGGCAAUGCAUGAAGCACGAGAACGCUCAGCAAACAAGUCCAAUGCCAUGGCAUAG